CACACAUUGCAUACCCUACACUACCAUACCGCCCUGCCCUAUUGCAUCUCCAAGACAAUAGCCCAGACCUUUCUUAACAACAACGCCUCCUUCUCCUUGUAACUUUCCCCAGACUAUUCUUUCCUGAACACACUUUUCCAUCCCCCGCGCACGUCAUAUUAUCCAACACAAGAAGAUCACAUCAUCUGCGAGUGUUCCUAGUGGACUCGUGUCGACAUCGCUCUCAGAAUCAUACUCGCACUACCUGAAGCACAUCCCGCGCGGGGUACUCUUGACAGACACGCAAUGGAUUCCACAGAUAUGUCCUACUCAUCGUCGCCACGGGUGAGGCCCGUUGACUCGAAAGAGCACCGAGCUUCUGAGGUGGAAUCAGGCUACGGCUCUGCAGCAUCGUCGGUAGUCGGCUCAACAGGCGAACUGCCUCUGAUUUCCCUGACGGCACCACACCUUAGAUUCCUCAAUGACCAGUUGGAGAGAUUAUCGGUCAUGGACCGACUCCGAUUCUGCAGAACUCUGUUCCCCAACUUGUUCCAGACAACAGCAUUCGGCCUGAGUGGUCUCGUCACAAUUGACAUGCUGUCGAAGAUCCAAGCUGAAGACUCUGAGGGCCCAGCCAUCGAGCUCAUCUUCCUCGACACACUAUACCACUUCCAGGAGACGCUCGAUCUGGUUGAUGCAGUCAAGACCAAGUACGACAAUGUCAAGCUCCACACUUACAAGCCAAAUGGAGCAAACACCACUGCCGAGUUUGAGCAGCAAUACGGCGAGAAGCUAUACGAGAUGGCCUCAGAGCUGUACGACUACAUCGCCAAGGUCGAACCUCAACAACGAGCCUAUUCCGAACUCCACGUUGCAGCUGUCUUGACAGGCCGCCGCCGAUCGCAAGGGGGUCAGCGUGACAAGAUUCCCGUCCUCGAGCUUGAAGAGGAAACUGGUAUCAUUAAGAUCAACCCUUUGGUCGACUGGUCGUUCAAGCAGGUCAAGGCAUACAUCGACGAACACAACGUGCCGUACAACAGUCUUCUCGACAAGGGAUACAAAUCGGUCGGUGACUGGCACUCAACAAGCCCUGUCGGCGAGGGUGAAGAUGAACGUGCUGGCAGGUGGAAGGGUCAAGAGAAGACCGAAUGUGGAAUUCACAACAAAAAGUCUCGCUAUGCACUCUUCCUUGAAGAGCAACAGCGCAAGGAGGCCCUUGAGAAAGUGGAGCUUGAACAGCAGAAUGAUGGUGCGUCUGUUGAAAUCGCAUAGCACUGCUUGCAUAUAGACAAGAGCUUCAGCAUGGUCGGCGUUUGGGAUAUUAUAACAAGUGUUUUGGAAUUACGAUAAUGGUCGGAUGGUUU